AUAGCUCUAGCUCCGCCUCCAAAUGUGAAUAUUAUCUUCAAUAUGUCUAUCCCCUAAAAUCUUUAAAAUAAAAAAAAUAAUUGAAUUAAUCUUAAUAAGAUCUGAACUUGGUUUAAUUCUGCUCCAAAAUGAAAUAUAAAUAUAGCUAAUCAGACUUUUCCAUCACCUGCAUUUUAAAUUCAUGAUGAAUUGCAAAGUAUCUUCUGAAGAAACCUUCAGAGAUACAAAGUGCAUCAGGCGUAAAGUUUCAGUAGGAGAUCUAGAAAAGGGACAAUGAUGUUUAUAUAGACCUCAUGGGCUCAGGAACUGUGUGGAGAAUCAGCUGAGUCUCAGUGAGAACAUGUGGAGGAGAAAGAACAAAAACACAAUAUUUCUAGAAGAUUUAAUCAGUGAACAUUUUAACAGUUCAGUGUGUUUCAUACUUUCAGUGGAACAUCAAUAAACCUCUACAGACUUCCUACACCCUGUGUGUGUGUGUGUGUGUGUGUGUGUGUGUGUGUGUGUGUGUGUGUGUGUGUGUGUGUGUGGUUUUAUAUCCAGUUCAGAGUUCAUGGUGAGGUUUUUCUCACACUGGCCUCUGGAUGUCUCCUUAAGUUCCACAUCAGCCAUCUUCUCGAUGAAACCACUUUCUCCUGCUCAGCUUCAGGACUAACUUUACCUUCACGUGCAAAAACUAAACCAUAAAAACCCCAGCUGAGAUCUUCUCCAGAACAUGCGGCUACUCCACAGCAGGAUCCUGGAGCACUACCUGUGCAGUGUGAAAGCGCGGAGAGGAACCUGCAGCAUGUCCAUGCGCGUGAUCAGCCGCUUCACCUGCACGACCUCCUCCCUGCUGGAGGUCAGAGGUCAGAACAGGUGGCUCAGGCCAGGGGAUGGUGUGAGGAGAUGGUUUUCACCACGCUUCUGCUCCAGCCUCGAUUCCUACACAGAAGCUUUCAGAAAAGCUGCAGAAGAACCGGAGCGCUUCUGGAGUGAAGCUGCUCACAGCAUAACGUGGCUUCAGAAGUGGAACAAGACGCUGGAUUGUACAGAUGAAGUGUUUCCCAGAUGGUUUGUAGGAGGAGAAGUGAACAUGUGCUAUAACGCUGUGGACCGUCACGUAGAAGCCGGGAGAGGAGAUCAGACUGCUGUCAUCCAUGACAGUCCUGUUACUCAGUCAAAACAGAGCAUCAGUUACAGAGAGCUGCUGGAUCAAGUGUCAACGCUGGCAGGUGUUCUGGUUAGGCAUGGUGUGAAGAAAGGUGACAUGGUGGUGAUCUACAUGCCCAUGGUUCCUCAGGCUAUGUUCACAAUGCUAGCCUGCGCUCGAAUCGGAGCUCCUCACAGCCUUAUCUUUGGUGGCUUUGCCUCUAAAGAACUCUCUGUUCGCAUCGAUCACGCCAAGCCCAAAUUGCUGGUUACGGCAUCGUUUGGGAUUGAGCCGGGUCGGAGGGUGGACUACAUUCCUCUGGUGGAGAAAGCGCUGGAGCUGAGCAGCCACAAGCCUCACAAAGUUCUCAUCUACAAUCGUCCAGGCAUGGGGGAAGUGCACACACACUCAGAGCUCAGCCUGGACUGGGACGAGGAGAUGUCUUCAGCUCGUCCUCAUGACUGUGUGUCUGUUCCUGCUCAUCAUCCUCUCUAUGUCCUUUACACUUCAGGAACCACUGGCACACCAAAGGGCGUUGUGAGGGAUACAGGAGGCUAUGCCGUGAUGUUGAACUGGACCAUGUCCAGCAUUUAUGGGCUGAAACCUGGUGAGGUCUGGUGGGCUGCGUCUGAUCUGGGCUGGGUCGUCGGACACUCCUACAUCUGCUACGGUCCUCUUCUCCAUGGCAACACCACUGUGCUGUACGAGGGAAAACCCGUAGGGACUCCAGAUCCUGGAGCGUUUUUUCGUGUCAUGUCUGAACACAGAACAGCAUCAGUCUUUACGGCUCCCACUGCCAUUAGAGCCAUCAGACAACAAGACCCACAUGCAGUGCACGGAAAACAGUACACAUUCUCCAGUCUCAGGUCGUUGUUUGUAGCAGGUGAGAGGUGUGAUAUCGAGACACUACAGUGGGCUAAAAAUAAUUUUGGAGUUCCUGUUUUAGACCACUGGUGGCAGACUGAGAGUGGUUCAGCCAUCACAGCCUCAUGUGUGGGUUUGGGGAAUUCUCUCUCACCCCCUGCUGGAACUGCAGGCAAACCUGUACCGGGAUACAACGUGACAGUGAUUGAUGAUGAAAUGCAAAAUGUAAAGCCGAGGAUGCUAGGAAAUAUUGUUGUAAAGCUCCCUCUCCCUCCGGGUGCUGCUCUUUCUCUCUGGCAAAAUGAUGAGCUCUUUAAACAAACCUACUACACCAAAUUCCCUGGAUAUUAUGACACGAUGGAUGCUGGAUAUGUUGAUGAGAAGGGGUUUGUAUAUAUCAUGUCACGCUCUGAUGAUGUCAUCAAUGUAGCAGGCCACAGACUAUCCACAGGAGCUCUGGAAGAGUGUGUAUUGCAGCACCCUGGUGUGGUGGACUGUGCUGUAGUUGGACUAGAGGACUCACUAAAAGGACACGUCCCUCUGGCACUGUGUGUCCUCCGACACGAUUUCGAGGAGAAUAAAGCUGCAGUGAUGAAGGGGUUGGUCAGUCUGGUACGAGAGAACAUCGGUCCUGUGGCUGCUUUCCGGAAAGUUAUUUUUGUAAAAACUCUCCCCAAAACUCGCUCCGGAAAAAUCCCACGAUCCUCUCUGUCCAACCUCGUCAACGCCAAACCGUACAAGAUCUCUCCCACCAUCGAGGACCCUGGAGUGUUCAAGACCAUUGAGAAGGUUGUGAAGGAACAUCUGAAAACAUCUGGAAGUUAACCAGACGCUCUCUGACACACACACACACACACACACACACACACACACAGAGCCAACUCUCUACAUUAUGAUGUCAUAACACCUUAUGGUGCAAUCAGAUGCAAAUAAUAUUUUUUGAUAGAGCAGCAACCGAUCUGAUCUUUACAAACAAUAAACCACUGUGUUAGCAUAACUUUACUCCACUUAAGCUAAAUAAUGCUAAUAAACCAAUAAAUUCUGUCAAAAUUAUGGGAAAAUAAUGGUGCAAAUUUGCUAGUAGCAUUACCACAAAAGUUAAUGUUAUUGGCCCUACUUGCUUCACUGGCUACAUUUAGCUAUCACUAACUAAUUCAUCUAAAAAUAACUUUAAUAUUAUCACAAAACUUUUUAACAAGCAGAAAUAAAAAAAAAAGAAGUCAAGCUUGUUAACUCCUUAGCUUUUUUUAAGUAUGCUAGUUAUGCUAGUAAAGGAAUAUUACUGUUGUAAUGUUUUAACUAACCUGACUUCAGCUAGUAAAACCAUGCUAACGUUUUGUGAUAAUACUAACUUUAAUUACUUUCAGUUUCUUUCAGAUAAACUGAUGUUAAUAGCUAAAUUCUUUCUGUUACUGCCUUAAUUUGUAAUUAAAAAAAAUAUUCAAACCCUGGAA